AGGGAGUGGACCCCUGUAUGCAAGGCUUUGAUCCCUGCCAGCAUGACUCCAAGUGCCUCCCCCUCACCAAAGGCUACAGGUGUGAGUGCCUGCCAGGCUAUGUGGGCCAGCACUGUGAGCAGGACUACAACGACUGUCUGGAGAACAAGUGUCAGCACGGGGCCGAGUGUGUGGACGCUGUCAAUGGAUACACCUGCGUGUGUAAAGAGGGCUUCAGUGGUCUGUUCUGUGAGAACCCUCCCCCUAUGAUCCUGCUGCAGACCAGCCCAUGUGACCAGUCAGAGUGUCAGAAUGGAGCCCAGUGUCUAGUGAUGGCUGGGGAGCCUGUGUGCCGCUGUCUGUCUGGCUUCACCGGAAACAAGUGCCACAAGAUCGUUACCGUCCACCUGCUGGGCAAAGAUGCCUACCUGGAGCUGUCCAGCGCCAAGAUACGCAACUCUGCCCACAUCUCCCUACAGGUGGCUACAGAUAAGGACAAUGGUAUCCUGCUCUACAAGGAGGACCAUGAUCCUCUAGCCCUGGAGCUGUACCAGGGACACAUACGCAUCAUCUACGACAUCGCUAACUACCCGCUGACCACUGUCUACAGUGUUGAGUCUGUGAAUGAUGGUCUAUUCCACACGGUGGAGCUCCUGAUUCAGAACCACUCUCUGAGCCUGGUUGUGGACAAGGGAUCCCCCAAGAGGCUGGGCAAGCUGCCCCGCCAGCCCUCUGUGGACCACAGCACACAGCUCUACAUAGGAGGCAUACCCUCAGCGGUGGUGGCAUCAGGCCUGCGUUCAGGUCCCGACCGCAGCCCCCAGGCCUUCAACGGCUGCAUCCACAAUGUCAGGAUCAACGGAGAGCUCCAGGAUCUGUGGGCAGCGCCACACAGGGUGGAAGGCAUCCUGCCAGGCUGCCACUCAUGCAGUGUGUGUGCCCAGGGCGCCUGCAGACAGAGGGGGGAGACGGGUGUGUCCUGCGAGUGCCCACCCAGCCGCAGCGGAUCCCUCUGUGAUCAGAAGACUGCCCCCAGCCCCUGUCAGAGCAGCAGGUGUAUCCAUGGGCUGUGUGUGCCUAAGGCGUCAUCUUACAGUUGUCAGUGUGCUGAGGGCUACACAGGGCAGUACUGUGACAGGAGAGAGGAGCCCCAAGCCUGUAGGGGACACCAGUGUAGACACGGGGAGUGUAGAGUCACAGGGAGUGGGGAGCCCUCCUGCCACUGCCAGCCAGGCUACACUGGCCUUGCCUGUGCCACAGAUGUGACGUGCCAGGGAGAGGCGGUGCGUGAGCUGCUGAAGCGCCAGCAGCCCAUGAACACGUGCACCUCCACCAGUAAGAUCCACCGGGUGGAGUGUCCCCGCGCCUGUGACGGAGGCCUCUGCUGCGCCCCAUCUAAGAGCCGGAGGCGGAAAGUGUUCUUCAAGUGCACCGACGGGAGCUCGUUCUCUGAGGAGAUUGAAAUCACCCUGGAGUGUGGCUGUGCCAUGUGCCCAUUGUAAUAUCCAGCUAUCGCCAUGGAAACAGCCACAAUCUAAAUUAAGGACCUGCUGCCAGAGACCAAAAAUAAAAUAUAUUGUAAAAUAAAACAUAGAACUUAUUUUUAUUAAUGGAUUUUUUUUAAAGAAGAGACUUGAUCAUUUUUUUUAAAUGUUUUAUAUUAUUGUGUCAUAUGAAGUUAUUUUGUAUCUAAAAAAAGAACAAAACAGAUUAACAUUCCUGAAAGUAUAUGAAUUUAUAUGUAUAAAUCUAUAUAAAUGUAUAACCCUAGCCCAUGGUUUUUAUUUGCCCAGUGUAUUAUUGCAUGUGAUUGUACGUGUUUAUACGAUAGGGGAGUUUUGGACACUUUAAAUGUGGACGAGAAGCUGAGGAAGCAAUUGUACAAAAAGGCUGUGAAGAGAAGGAGAAGAUGGUGCUGCAUCUCCUCAGACAUAAAAAAGAGGAAGGCAGUCUUUUUCCUGACCUUCAGCUAUGGAGGAGGCAAACAAGGAACUGUCCCACUUUGCUCCCCAGCUUUAUAACGGACCUUCCCCACCACCAAGCAGCUGAGCUCACGCUAAAGGAUCUGAACUCUUAUCCACAGAGCUUACAAACAGUGAUUUAUAUUUUGUGCCAUAGGAAAACCUUUUACAUUGUUACUGAUUUGUAUUUGUUUGGUGUUCCACAUCAGAGAUUCUAGAGUACAAUGGGCCAAGAUGGCUUCUACAGUUUCCUGUCAGCCAGUGAAGUUCUCCUGAAAUUCUGUACUGUGUGUUUCUCUGUGUUUCUUACAUAGACUCUCUGUGUCUGUCAUGCAACUGAGGCAGAAUGUGAACUUUGUUUAUGAUACGACGACGGAAGACCCUGCCAAUAUACGAUGGUUCCGCCAUAGAAAUAGGAUCCUAGAAUCCUGCAUAUUUUAAUAAUAGAAGGUAUUCAAUUUCUAUGGAUUCUAUUUCUAUGACAAACUCAUGAAGUUUGUCCUGGUGUCCAGGUAUCAUCAGCAAUGUAAGGUGUUGCUGAUGUGUCUGUGGUCACUGCUCAGUUAGAAAAGGACUUUAUAACACCUGGCCUGGGAAAUCUUUGUUGGACUCGAAUCAUAACCGUCCGUUACUACUAACACUAUUAAUGAAGCCCAUUAGUACCGGAUUGAUAUGAAGCCCAUGAAGUCAUCACAGGAUGUGAGGUCUCAUCACAGUCGUCCCCCUAUCAGUCAGAAUAUAUCCAGUAACAUUUUGUUCAUUUUGAAUGUAUUAUAGUACAACAUCAGGACACUGCUGUAAUGUACCGUACAUUUCAAAUAAAGUGUUACCAAAUAUACCUCAAUUGAGAGUUUGUCAGUGAUCAAGUUCCGUACUCCCCUUACCCCCAGUCCCUCACCCUAACUACUCCAAUACCACCAUGCCUCAAAACAUGACAUUGAAUGCUUCUGUAUGUAUGGAGCGUGUAGGCUCUACAAUGUAAAUGAUCUGUUGUGAGAUGUCUUGUAUUCUAUAAUAAUAAUGAGUAUUAUGUUGGCCAUAAUAUAAGUUGUGUUCUCCAGACAGAAUUUAUUUCUGGUAAAACAUGAACUUGUGAGUGAUGAAUAAUUAUGGUGAAUGUUGAAAAUAAAACU